GAAGUUGCCUUGACGACUCCGAAGAGGAGGAGAAAGCGGAGCAACAACAAACAAGAGGGUCUCCGCAGCAUCCAGCCGCCUCGCCGCCCGGCCACAAGGACGAAAACGGCUUUUUUUUUUUUCGUGAGCCGCCAGCCGCUCAUUUCCUUCUGCUUUUGAUGCUUCGCGUUCGCUGAUGUGGAUUUAGGCCAGAGCCGGUUGACAGCUGAUGUUUUCACGCUCAUCCGCAAUGACGAAUUACAAGGCGUUCCACUCCCAGCUGACGUCCAUCAUGGAGGCGCUGACCAAAGCGGCCGUGGCGGAGAUCUGCGAGCUGGUGGAUGACAGCUACGCCGUCCUGCAGCUGGAGCUCUCCCGCAGCCACAAGGAGAACGAGGCGCUGCGGAGGAAGCUGGAGCUCAUCGAGACCAUCAUCGCCCGGGGACACCGAGGCAACAUCGCGAUGCUGGAUUACACCGGGCAGGAGGCCGGAGGGCUGCUGGACUUCAGUGUCGAACGUGCCUUGCCCAGCACAGCGAGCGCCAGGCAGCCCAGAGCCAGCCUGAGAAAGAGCGGCCGAGUCCUGGCUGUGGAGGCGGAGGCCGACACCCUCAGCCCCGUGACCAAAGAGGUGAACCUGCCUUCGUCCGAGGAGGAACCCAGCGACCCGGACGUCGUUUUGAUCAAGGAGGAAACGACGGGCGAGGCGAACAGCAACGGCGCCGCCGACGAGCUGCUGCUCAACGAGGACGGAACGGAGGUGCAGCGGCUGGAGGCAGACGACUGUGAAGAGGGGCCGUCUGGAAUACUGAUCAGCUCGGCGGCCGGCAGCCUGAGGCAGUGGGAGCAGGGCGCCGACAGACCGUCGGAGCUCGGCGAGCCUCAGGAGACGCAGACCAAGCCCGAGUCCCCCGGCCCGGCGGACGGCGCCGACGAGCCGACGGACAUCGUGUUCGACUUGGCCGCGGAAUCGGACUCCGAGGCGCCCGCCAUGACUCUGUCGCGAAAGCCGUUCCUGCUGGGGUCGGCGGGGAGUCCCACCUCGCUGCCCGGGACCUUCGACCUGAAGCGCGGCGUGUCGAUGAUCAGCUCGCUGCCGUACGACAUGGAGCUGGAGAUGUGCUCGUCGUGGAACAACCAGGGUCUGCCCAGCAUGGUGCAGGUGCCGCGCCGCUCGUACCUCAAACCGGACCACCGGGCCUCGCACCUGGACAAGGCGUCCGACAUGGGCGCCGCCGGCUUCCCGCUCGCGCUGGGCCUGGGCGCGUCCAAGGCGGACACGCUGGAGCUGAACCGCUUCUGCAGGGACAGGCGCUUCAUCUGCAGCUACUGCGGCAAGUGCUUCACGUCGUCGCGGAGCCUGGAGACGCACGUGCGCGUGCACACCGGCGAGCGGCCGUACAGCUGCGCCCAGUGCGGCAAGCGCUUCACGCAGUCGGGCCACCUGAAGACGCACCAGAGCGUGCACACCGGGGAGCGGCCGUUCGCCUGCGAGCACUGCGGCAAGAGGUUCGCCGGGAAGCAGAACCUGAGGAUACAUCAGCAGAAACACCACCCGGCCGACCAGGGGCUGGCUGCCGUGUAGCCGGAGGGGCGGGAUGCCUCCCCUCCCGGCCACGCCCACAAUGUAUGCACUCGCGGUACUGCAAGGCGCUCCGGGCGAAAGCGUCCACCAAAUGACACUGAGACGAUAAGCUACAACAGACCCGACCCUUCCUGCUGUCACUGUUACUACACAUCUAAUUUAAAUAGAUCUUUUUUUAAUUUCAAGGCCUUUUUGCAGAACUUUUAGAAGAAUGGGUGCUUUUAAUUAGAAAAAAAAAAAACGUAGCUUUGACUUUUUAUUUCAUUAGGCCUUACGUUUUUUUAACCAUCUUAACUGCCUUGGUAGGUGUCCUAGUUUGUUUUUUCAAAACAAAGAGAAACGGGACUACGACCUGACGCCGAGCAAUUCUUACCUCAAACCGACGCGGGCCGUUUGGUGGCUCCGGUCUUUAGCCUAGCGUGACGACGGCCUGGUGGGACAGAAACAUGUAGCGAGCGGUGCACCGGGACCAGCGUGUGCACCGGCCAGCAGCAUCUAACAUUAAAAGUGUGCAAUCUCAGACCAACGCUCUGUGGCAGUCAUUGUCUCAAAGUGUGACCAGAUUUAACACACACACACACACACACACACACACACACACACACACCUGUAGGUUUGUGCACGAGGAACGUGCACAGUGUUUUGCCGAAAGGCCAGAUCACACAGCCACACUGUUCUCCGACACAGAAAUCUGAAAACUCCCUU